AGAAUGGGGCUAUAAGAAGAGGGGCUGGGAGCUGAGAGCCCAUCACUGGGGAUCCGGUAUGAGCAUCUGUCAGUGAGUGACGGCACCUCCUACUCCUGGCCCAUGGAAACCAUGGUGUCGGGACGGAUGCCCAGGGCUGGACUCCUGCUGCUGCCCCUUCUCCUCUGCUUCGGGCCAGAGACUGUCGGGAGCAUCAACCCGUCCGCGCUCAGAGAGACUGUGGAUCAUGUAGAUAAGGAUGGGUUGGCUGUUGAAUACGCCUUCGCCGUCAGCCUGCAGAAAGCCAGUUGUGAGAACCCAUCUGGUCUGGAACAGGUGCUGCGCAGGAACAAGCUGCGGGACAUGCAGGCGGCCAUCAACCCAGAGGGUGUCCUGUACGACCCAGAUGAAGGGCCCAUUGUGGCUGCCCGGAUGCAGCGCCUGGGCAGGGCGGGGGAACACGCCGAGUUACGCCUGCUCCAGGGCGACCGGAACAGCCCCGUGCAGAAGCUCCUGGCCCGGACCUACAACGAGAGAAGCUGCCUGAUCUUCUUCACCGUCCGCUCGCCCUGUGCGGGGACGUGCCUGCUGGUGAAGAGGCCCCACAACAUCCUACAGAUGGUGAGCGACACCUUCCGCCCCAUCGACCACAACUACAAGGCCUUCAUCUUCCGGCAGAUCUACCGUCAGGACCGGGACCUAGAUCCCCAAAGCCUGCUGGAGGCCUGGCACCAGCUGCCCAACGUGCCCCUGCUGCGCUGUGACACCAACGGCUGCAGGGACUGCAGAGGGAACGACCCCAAAACCGACCCCAACACCUGCCUGGAUGAGAUUCGAGCCAUGAGGCAGCCGCUGCACCCAUCUGGCAGGGGGCAGAAGGAAGAGCAGGGGGCAGAGGGGAGAUGUGGGAGGCCUCGCAGCCUCCCUGGCAGUGCCCCCUUCAUCGGGCCAGGACUGGCCCCCACGUUUUGCCUGGGGCUCCCCCUGAGUCCAGACCCCUGGCAGAGUCACCCCCUUGGGAGCGAGGCCGGGCAGCCUUUGCCAGACACCCAGCUCGCUAUGGAUGAACCUGGCCAUCGGCUGCCAUCUACUGGUGAGGUGGAGGUAGACUCUUGA